AUGGGCGAAGAGUUCGCUCCACCUCCAGGUUUCGUUGCUUGGGGUCCCUUUGUCCGCGACAAUUACACGCUCAUACGUGUGACUCGCGCAGAUCUGGCUGUAGCGGCUGCAGCGUUUGGUCUGGCCAACUUCUUCGCCAUAAUCGGAGCUUUCAUCGCCUUCAGACAGACAAAAUCAUGUCGAUGCCCAAAGACCAGCGUAUAUAUCUGGAUGAUCUGGUUAGAGAUCGCUGCUUCGGUGGCUAUCUCCGUCGAGUGCUUGUUGUAUUUGUUAAGGAUUAUAAGGCCCAGCUUCUACUUUUUCAUGUCUGUCUUGCUAUGCUGGGUUAUUCAGAUUCAGCUGCUACCUCAGAUCAUCAUCAAUCGUAUUCGUAUCAUCCUCCAAGACCGGGGACGGGGACGGCGUCUGAUAAUAGGCGCCGCAAUCUACGUGACCUUGAUCAAUAUCAGCGUGUUCAUAAUCUGGAUACCUGCGCGGCUUCAGAUCAGCCCAAGAUGGGUUCACAUCAACGCCAUCUGGGAUCGUACCGAAAAGGUGCUAUUCCUUCUCCUUGACGGGUAUCUCAAUUGGUACUUCAUCCACGUUGUAAACGCAGACCUGGUGAAGAAUGGCUUGAGCAAGUACAAUCGCCUGGUUCGUUUUAACAAACGUAUGAUCGUCGUCUCUCUCCUGCUGGACGUUAUGAUUAUUGGUGCGAUGAGCACACCAAAUGGAUUUGUCUACGCUAUGUUCCACCCGCUCGCAUACCUAGUUAAGCUCAACAUCGAGAUGUCGAUGGCGCAUCUCAUCAGGACCAUCGCCUUGGGCCAUCCUCACCCUAACAAUGACCCUUCACUACUGAUGACUUUCUCAUCUUCACCCGGCGAAGACAUAUUUAACACCAACAUGUUUGCGGAAGUACCGCAACAACGACAUUCGCUCAUUCGGGGUUUGUUCGGCAGCGAGCAUGUCAUUUUUUCGCAGGAAGAUAAUCGCACAAGAAUUGCCAGAGACAGUUCGACACUCAGCGCAUCGAUGCCUGACUACGAACUGCCAUCUCGGAUACCUAGGAUCGACAAGGAACCCGACACUAUUGCUGGCGAUAACCCCAGUUCUAAUGAAGACAAGAGGGUUAACAAAAUACAUGAAGAUUACUGUGGCUGGGACAGCGGCGUCUCGAGCAGGACUAGGGAUACGGAGGAAGGGCAGGACGUUCCUAUGCCCGAGGCAGCUCACCUACCUGCUCGACAUUAUAUGUCGGAUCUAGACUGA